AUGGAGCCGGCCGCAGCCGGGGGCGACCCGGCCAGCACCCCGGACCCCACCAUCGUGCAGCCCCCCGGGACCACCCCGCCCUACCCCUCCCGGGACCAGCAGGAGGAACAGCUGCGGAUCGGGGAGAGCGGACAGUUCAGCGAAGGGCUGGAGGACAGAGGUUUACUAGAAAGCAGUACAAGGCUAAAACCUCAUGAAGCUCAGAACUACAGAAAGAAGGCGUUGUGGGUUUCAUGGGUCUCCAUUGUUAUCACACUGGCUCUUGCAGUGGCUGCCUUCACUGUCUCCAUAAUGAGGUACAGUGCAUCAUCAUUUGGAUUUGCUUUUGAUGCUAUCCUGGACGUUUUGUCGUCGGUGAUAGUUCUGUGGCGUUACAACAAUGCAGCCGCUGUACAUUCUGCACACAGGGAAUACAUAGCCUGUGUUAUCUUGGGUGUGAUAUUUCUUCUUUCAGCUGUAUGUAUAGUGGUCAAAGCCAUCCAUGACCUUGCGAUGAAGUUGCUCCCAGAAGUGGAUGACUUUCUGUUUAGUGUCUCCAUUCUAAGUGGAAUCCUUUGCUCUAUCUUGGCAGUGAUCAAAUUUAUGUUGGGAAAGGUCCUUACAAGCAGAGCCCUGGUAACUGAUGGUUUCAACUCUCUUGUAGGUGGAGUAAUGGGAUUUUCCAUCCUUCUAAGUGCAGAAGUUUUUAAGCACAAUGCUUCUGUCUGGUACCUGGAUGGCAGUAUAGGAAUUUUAAUGGGACUCACAAUACUUGCCUAUGGAGUCAAGUUGCUUAUUGAUAUGGUCCCACGUGUAAGGCAAACGCGUCAUUACGAAAUGUUUGAAUGA